UUAUCUUCUAAAGAACCGAAUUGGCCUAUCUUCCUCGUUGCUCCCUACCAAAACCACCUUUACCACCAAGUCCGUGACCAGUCUAACAUGAAGACAAACUUAAUAAGGCAGUGCACCAAGUUCAGGCUAGAACAAUUCCGCCACUCCUUCGUGCUCACUCUGCUCGAAACCCACAAUGAAGAUCAGCAUCUUUUGAACCCAACAGUCAUUGAUUCAUUCCGAGGCUAUCUUGAAGAUGUGAAUGUCAACUCCAAGGCCACCCCGGGCUCUGUCCUCAUUACCACCGCUCAGGGUGACUUAUUCUGCGGAGGAUUCGACUUCGGGUAUGCCCCGUCCCAUGCGGGAGGCUCAGAGGAUAAAGCAUACAAAGAAAUGAAUGAUGGCUUCAAGGAUGUGGUCAAAGACUUGAUUUCCCUACCAAUGCCCACCAUAGCAGCAAUUAAUGGCUAUGCAACGGAGGCAGGGCUGAUGCUUGCUCUCAGCCACGACCAUCUCACAAUGAAGCAAGUCGUUGAGCCGCAUCUGCGAGCCGAGCUUUUGUCCAGGAAAAGGAGCUACCCGGGCUACUUCGCUGCCCUGAUCAGGUCAAAAGUAGGCUGCCCUUUGGCUCGUCGUAAUUUGCUGUUGAGGGACGUGCAGAUUGAUGCACAAGAAGCAGCAAAGAUCGGACUUCUAGAUUGGAACCGUGAGGUUGCAAGUGAGGCUGCAAGUGAGGAGGGUGCCCUGGAAGUUGCAAAGACACAGGCAGACGAACUAGCGAAAAAGAAAUGGAAUGGCGAGCUUUAUGCUGAGAUGAGACAACUUUUGUAUCCCGAGCUGUGCAAGGAAUUGGAAUUGACUUCUAGCCAUAGUUGUUAAACUUCCCGAUUCUUCUGUUACGGUCUUAAGAUUGUAAUAAUAAUACUGUAAUAGCUAGUACCAUAAUAACACUUACCGGUUUGGGAUCGCAUGU